CUGCGAAACGCGACAUUGGUGCGCUGACGGAGGAAAAGGAAGAGCUCGGGAGCACACUGAAGACCAGGACCGCCGAGGUCGCGCAGCUCAAGACUCAGCGCGACGUCGUCGUGGCGGCACUCGCGGCCGAGAAGAAGUCAGCCAGGGAUGGUGUGGUCGAGAUCACCGGCAAGCUCGAGGAUUGCCAAGUGGCACUCCAGGGUCUCCGAUCCCAGCUCCAAGCGGCCAUGAGCGACGCCGUCAAGGGCCAGAUCGCAAUCAAUGAGCUCCGGUCGGAGAAUGGUCGACUGCACAAGACGGUGUCCAGCCUGGAGGCAGACGUCCAAGUGGCAGAAAUCAAGAUCGUACGGGGCGACGUCCGGGUCACCGAGCUCGGGAAUCAGCUGAAGGCGGCGACUCAGGAGCUCGGCUCUGCGCAGGGCAGGGCAUCGCUGGCACAGAGUGCUCUGAAGCAAUGCCAAGACACGCUGAGGACACACAUGACGAGGAAGGACAAGGUGGCGGCGCUGAGCAGCAAAGUGGAGUCGCUGGAGAAGGAGAAUUCGGACCUGUCGCUGUCAGUGAAGACACUGGAGGACGAGAACGCCGGGCUGCGUGCGGAUCUGGCACGGCUGGCGAAUGUGGACAAGCAGGUUGAGGACGCGAGGGCCGAGACGGUUUUGGGCCAGGAUCAACUGAAGGCAGUAGUGGAAGAAUGUGACCGACUGACGGUGGCAGCGGAGGAUUGGGACGAGGUCAAGAGCGAGCUCAGCGACGCGCGAUCGAAGCUUACGGAGGUGCGGAAGGAGAAGGUGCACUUCAUUGUCGCCCACAUCGACAUCCAUAACAAGCUCGCUGUGUCCGAGAAGAUCUGUCAAGAGUUCCAGGUCUGGAAUGCUGGUCUUUCCGCCGAUCUCUCCACCGAGAGCGAGACCCACACGACGACUCGCGAGGACUCCCCAGCAGCAAUUUCCUAUUUUACGUCGAUUAAAGAGCUCAAGAACGUCGAGGCGGAGCGCAUCGAACUCAAGGAGACGAGCCUCAGCGCAGAAGGCGGCGCGACGAGCGUAGACUUUACUAUCGUUCCCCAUCCGUUCACGACAGAGUCAGCUGACGCAUGUGAUGACGAUGACGAGGUCACCAUGGUCGCCGACCCGGUCGACGCCGAGACCUGCGAGACACCUAAGGAGGCACCAAACAAUGACAUUGUUGUGAACGAUGGCGAUACCAUUGCUCAACCAGCUCAAGGUCCAGAAAUCGGCUGUGUCCCGGAGAUCUCACUUCCUGUUUCCCUUGCGCCGGUCAAGUCGGCCAAGCCCAAGGCUGCGUCGUUCGACAAAGAGAAUGGCUUUCCCUUCACUCGUGUCAUUCGCCCAUCAUGCUCCGCCGUCCUGUGUGCGAGCCCACGUAUCAACGGCCUCACACCGUCUUCCUCAACUCUAAGGUUCUUUGCCCCCGGAUCCCCAGUCCCGAAUACGAUUUCGAGCGGUGGUGUCUCUUUCGCCUCUGUCUGGGGAUCACCCGUGCCAUUUUGA